AUGAGGUUCACAUUAUGGACGGUGUUGACCGUGGCGGGCCUGGCUACACUUGUACAGGCGCAGGAGAUGCCAAAGUGUGCGAGCGAUUGUCUAGUCAAAUUCCUCAAGGACUCGAAAUGCGAACCGUCCGAUUCCGACUGUAUCUGCGCUGACACAGUCCUCAACGAGAACGUCGGAGCCUGCACACUCACUAGCUGCACCGUGGUAGAAGCCCUCGCUGCAAGGAACGGAACAGCAACACUCUGCGGGGAGCCGGUACGCGACAGGACUCUUGUUGCACCAGUUGCGACUGCUGUAUCUGGGUCUCUGGCUUUGGCAUUCAUUGCGCUGCGCGUGUUUGAGUGUCUGUAUCAUAAGGAGUUUCGAUGGGCGGAUAUCUGUGCCGUUUGUGCGAUGGUCUCUUCCAUACCUAUGGACGUCUUCGAGUUCUACAUGAAGGCCAACGGCUUCGGAAAGGAUAUUUGGACGUUGACCGAACAUCAAAUCACGAACGUCGUCAAGUACACCUGGGUCACGCAGGUCUCAUACAUCCCAGCCAUCUGCCUCACCAAGAUCGCCAUCAUCUCCAUCUUCAUCCGAGUCUUCCCCAACAAAGUCUUUCAGAUGGUAUGCUGGGCCACGAUAGCACACUGCGCUCUUUUUAUGUUGUCGACGACCAUUGCUGCCAUCCUGGCCUGUGUUCCUGUGGAGGCUGCCUGGACGAACUGGAAGGGAACCAAGGAGGGGGUGUGCUACGAUAACAAUGCCUUUUGGUGGGCGCACUCGGCCAUCAACAUCGUCACAGACCUGUGGAUCAUUGCGCUGCCCAUUCCACAGCUUUUGAAGCUGCAGCUGGGAAGGAAAAAGAAGAUCUAUCUUAUUCUCAUGUUUAGUGUCGGUAUCAUUAUCACCGUCGUCAGCAUCAUCCGCUUCUCUGGUCUCGUCACCUACUCUGCGACCUCAAACCCAACAUACAACAACGUCAUGGUCGCAACAUACAGUGUCAUCGAAUGCAACGUCUCCAUCAUCUGCUGCUGCAUGCCUGCCCUACUGGCAUUCCUCCGCCGAGCCUACCCAAGUCUGUUUGGCAGCACCAACCGCUCCCUCGAGUACCGAUCGAAAAGCAUUGGCGGCUCCAAGUCGCCAUUCCCGAGCAAUGGAAUUCAGAAGAGCGUGACACAGUCAGUCUCAUACAUGCCACGUUCGGACGAUUCCGAUGUGGUUGAGUUGAUGGAUGUGGAGGAGAACAAGCCAGACCGGUACCAUAGGUGGUAG